AUGGCUUCUAAUUUGUUGGAAAUGCAAGAACCAAGCAGCGACACCUACCAGCUCAGCUACGAGAUAUUCUCUAUUCUCGAGAGCAAAUUUCUCUUCGGCUACGAUGAACAGAAGCUCUGGAUGCCAAAACAGAUAUCUCCAGCUAAUGAAACAAAAGCUGGAGCUGCAGAGCCGGAAGCCACUGACAAUAGCUUAUCGGCAAUCAAGAACCAGAGAGGUAAGGUGUGCAUUCUCAGCAUUGACGGCGGAGGCAUGCGGGAGAUACUAGCAGGUAAAGCCCUAGCUUACCUCGAGCAAGCCCUCAAGAACAAAUCGGGCAACCUCGACGCUAGAAUCGUCGGAAGGAUCUUCACGUCGAUGCUCUUUGCCACCAAAGGCGCUGGUCAUCCCAUUUUCCACGUGGAGGAAUCGUGGAGGUUCUUGGCGGAGCAGGGGAAGCGAUUCCUUCCAUCAUCAGCCGGUUCAUUUUCUCCUGGAGGAUUUCUCCGGCGAAUAUUCAAUGGUAGGACAAGCGGCCCAACCGGCUCAACAACAAGGGAAGGAGGUGUGAAGUUUGGGCUGUCCUAUGGGCAAAAUGGAUCUAAUCAAACCCUUGGUGAGGCCAUGUGGGUACCUUUGGGAAGCGAAUUACAGGAUUGA